AUGAUCCCGUGGCUCAUUUCUUCUUAUCAAGUCUGUUUUUUCGGUAUUUUUUGGGAUAGUUGGAUUUAUACCUAUAUACUAGUCAUUAUAGUAGUACUUCCCACGAUUAUUAGCAUUGUUUUCAAUUUAAUUAUCUUCAUCACUGUUCGAUCAUCUGCUCGACGUAUUCAUGAAACAACAACAAUCACCGUUCUGUCUGAAACUAACACUUCACGGCAACAACAUGCUCGAGAAAUGCGACUACUGAAACACAUACUUUUCAUGUUUGCAGUAUUUGUUCUUGGUUGGGCACCACUUUUUGUUGUUCUUGCUCUUCCCAGUGCUAUAUACCACACAAUACCAGGAUGGAUCAUCACUAGUUCACAAAUCCCUUCUGCAAUCUCUGCAGUGAUUCAAGUAGUGGAUUUAUUUAUUUAUAAUCGUGAGAUUCGUCAAUAUUUGAAAGAACGAAUACAUCACUGUCUGGGAUGGAUUUGUGCGUGA